ACUUCUUGAACUAAUUUCGAUUUGGUGUAACGCCAUCUGGACCGAAAAUGGUGUCAUCAAAAUAUUCAGGCAGUAGACUUCUAGAUCCUUUUGCAUCAUUUGUCGGUCUUCCAUUAGACCAGGUUAAUAUUGUGUGAUCUUUCGAUAAAAAGUUAUUUUAUGAACAAAAUUUCUGUUUGUUUAUUUGUAUUUUUGAAGUGAGCGAUAAUCGGUAAUUUUGUAUUCAUAACAGACGAACUAUAUAGUCAGUCAAUUGUUCGCUUUGGGCUUCGCUUUCUUUUACAGAGGAAAGCUCCAUCCAUCUAGAGUGUCCCCAACAACCCGCCAUGUAAUUUCUUUGUCGGUUGGGCUUGUCCUGGGUAUCUUCUGUUUCGGGAGGUUCAGUUUUAUUUAUAUGAUUAAUUGUAGAAACUUUAUCAUGUAAUAUUUCCAGUCAAAUUUAUCAUUUGCUUUUUCAAUCGGGGCUGUGUUAUGCUGUAUUAUUGCUUCUCCCCAUAUCAUUUAGUUACAUGUAAGUAAUGUUAACUAUUCUAUUCGUGAAUAUUAAAUAAUGGAAAUUUUUUUUAAUAACAGCGUUGUAUUUGCAAUAGCUAUCGGGUAUCUUUCCCUGAUGCAUAUUUACAACAUGUACUAUGAUUAUGGCGCCUAUACAUUGGAUAUAACUGGACCUUUAAUGAUUUGCACUCAGAAAGUGACGUCCCUAGCUUUUAGUGCCUACGACGGCGUGUUCAGAGUAAGGAAGAAAGAAAGGCUGAGUGACGAUCAAAGACUUAUGGCCAUUAACAAACUUCCGUCAUUUCUGGAAUUUUUUAGUUAUAUUUUCAGCUUUCACGGUAUUUUGCUUGGACCAAUGUGCUUCUACAGAGAUUAUGCCGUUUUUGUCGAAGGGAAACAAUAUACGCAGAAAACUGAGUCCAGUGAUGUAAUAAAGAUUGAAAAGGAACCCUCUCCUAAUAGAGUUGUAGUGAAAAAUGUAAUUCUGGCUUUUACCUGUAUUGGUAUCACAAUGUCAUUGGCUUCCUGGUACCCUAAAACUUUAAUGGUGGAUGAGAAUUUUGUCAUAAAUCAUAAUUUUGUUUAUCGAACGUUAAUCUGUAUAUUGGUCGUAUUUUUGGCUAGAUCGAAAUAUUAUUUUGGUUGGAAACUAGGAGAAGCGACAAAUAACGCUGCAGGAUUAGGCUUUAACGGUUAUGAUGAAAAGAACAAUGCCAAGUGGAACCUAAUCGAAAACGUCAAUAUACCAGCUAUUGAAUUUGCAACUAGUUUUCGCGAUAUUAUAAAUAACUGGAAUAUACAAACUGCAAUCUGGCUUAGAAGAAUUUGCUACGAUAGAUUAAAAGGCGUUUACAGAACAUACGCUACUUAUACAUUAAGCGCAAUUUGGCAUGGAUUUUAUCCUGGCUAUUAUUUCACGUUUUUAGGAGGAGCCUUAACGACCAACGCCGCAAGAACACUAAGAAGGAUAAUUAGGCCUUUAAUGUUAUCCCCACCUUGGUUGAAGAAAUCCUACGAUGUGGUUACGUGGUUUUUCAGUCAUUUAGCUUUAGCUUAUUUCAUUGUACCUUUCACUUUACUGGACAUGAAAAGAGUAUACUAUUUCUACACUUAUAAUCAAUAUUGGUGGAUGCAUCUAGUCGUCAUAGGCAUUCUAUUAUUGCCGUUUGUAUGGAAACCAAAAAUCGAAGCAAAGUCAGAGAAAGUGAAGAAGCAUAACGAUUAG